GAAGGGAAAACAAAUAAGAAGAAGAAAAGGAAUUUUGUUUGUUUUCUGGUUCUAAUUGUAAAUAAAUUUUGCAAUAUUUGAGGAUUCUUUUCCUGGCUUUUGCGCCACUAGGAGAGAAAUGGAGAGAUUCUCAAAGCUAUGUCGUCUAUGUUUGUCACCUGAGCAGGAGGUAUCCCUCUUUUCGGAUUUAGACUACAGCAACCGGAAGUACUACGAAGUAGUCAUAUCCUUUGCAAAUGUCCAGUUUUCCGUUACAGAUGGUCUCCCGCAUAUGAUAUGCAAAAUGUGCGCAUCUCAUCUCACAAAUAUCGAUCUCUUUCGACAAAAAUGCGAAAUGUCGCAGCGGAAGUUGCUCAUGGAGAGUCUGUCGCUCACAAAGAAUCCCACCCCGCCAGAGAGUCAGACACUUGAUCCGCUCCUGCUGACGGCAAAUCUGGGUGGGGAGCUGCUGGAGGAUGAUCCACAGACGAAACCCCUCUACGAAGCUGCCUACUCCGAGAGCAGCAGUACAAAUGCCUACCAAUUGGAGGGUGGUGGUGGUGCUGAUGUGAAGAUUAAGGCCGAAGAGGACAUUGCUGACAGCAAAAGGGUACGACAGAGGGGCACCACAACGCUCAGGGUACGCCCCAAACGCUACAAAUGUAUGCAAUGCAACAAAUCCGUGGAGUCUCCGAGUAAGCUUGUCCGCCACAUGCGAACCCAUGAGAUCCAGACGCAAAUCAUUGAUUCCCAUCGGCUCUACACGUGCAACUACUGCAACAUACGCUUCCGCAAGGUGAAGGAUAUGCGCACACACAUCAGAGCUUGCUCCCAGGCACACGGGCAGGACUUCCAGAAGCUCCUCAAGACGAAACCCCCAACAUCAGGACCACCCAAAUGCGUCUUCUGCGACAUGGACUUCAGCAGUGACGUCGAACUCACGCAGCACUAUGAGAACUUUCAUGCGGAACACAGAUCUGAUGAGCAGCAGUGAGAUCCUCCUGGUCAUUCAUAAAUUAGUCAAUAAAUCCUCCUCCUCCUCCUCUUCAGCAAAA